AUGAGUCGUGAAAGGGCACGGCGCGGAAGCGUUGCUUUACGACCGUUGGGACAGGCGCGCCGGGUCGGCGUUCACUGCUUGCUGCUUCUCUGUUAUGCACGUGGGCACCUCUUCGUGUUUUUGCAGGUAACUCGGCCUUCUUGGCGUGAACCAAACACAUUGAAGGACGGAGUGGCAACGGAGGUCAAGGAUCUUGAGCUGAUGGAUUUUGCUGCUGAAAGUGAAGAGAUGUCGGGAGGAGGUCUCCAGAGUGAAGCUGAGGGGGCGCGGCUAAGUCUCGAGUCAGAUCAAGAGAGAGGAAGGACGGAGGAGUCCGGCGAUGGAGGGGCGGGGAAUGGUCUGACCGGAAUUGAGAAGACAGGGGCAGGGGAAGAAGAAAGUAGACGAAGAGCAGAGGAGAUGCGAAUAGACCUAACGGUUGUGAAGCAAGAAGUAAUGGACUGGUCAGAAAUGGUAGAAGGUACGCUGAAUGGCCAGUGGGUAAAGCAGGAGGAGGACGGACAUGAGGUGAAAGAGGAAAAACCAGCCACAUUGGAGGUGAAGCAGGAGAUGGAUAGUAGUUUGAUGGUAAAAGAAGAAAAGGUGGAAGAAACAGAGAUAAAGGAAGAGAAAGUGAAGGUGAAGGAAGAAGUGAUGGACUGGCUGGAAGUGAAGGAAGAGAAGAAAGAUAGCUUGGAUAUUAAACGUGAGGAAGUGUCUCUUGAUCAGAAUAUUAAAAAGGAGGAAAUAAUGGAUGAAGUGUAUGUAAAAGAAGAGAAGUAUUUCCCCAAAGAAGAAAUGAUGGAUCAUACAAGGGUGAAAGAAGAGCCUCAAAUAAAUCCCUCAGUGGGCUCCAAGCGGAAACUGGCCAUGUCAAGAUGUGAAACUUGUGGUACAGAAGAAGCAAAGUACAGAUGUCCACGUUGUUUGCGGUAUUCCUGCAGUUUGCCCUGUGUAAAGAAACACAAAGCAGAACUAACAUGUAACGGAGUUCGAGAUAAAACUGCAUAUGUUUCAAUACAACAGUUUACAGAAAUGAAUCUCCUCAGUGAUUAUCGAUUUUUAGAAGAUGUGGCAAGAACAGCAGACCAUAUUUCUAGAGAUGCUUUCUUGAAAAGACCAAUCAGCAAUAAACAUAUGUACUUUAUGAAAAAUCGUGCUCGAAAGCAAGGUAUUAAUUUAAAACUUCUACCCAAUGGAUUCACAAAAAGAAAAGAAAAUUCAACAUUUUUUGAUAAGAAAAAACGACAGUUUUGUUGGCAUGUGAAGCUUCAGUUUCCUCAGAGUCAAGCUGUGUAUGUAGAAAAAAGAGUACCAGAUGAUAAAACUAUUAACGAAGUCCUAAGACCUUACAUUGAUCCUGAAAAGUCUGAUCCUGUAAUUCGUCAAAGGUUGAAAGCCUACAUUUGCUCUCAGACUGGGGUCCGAAUUUUAAUGAAGGUAGAAAAUAUGCAGCAAAAUCUAGUAAGAUAUUAUGAGCUGGAUCCUGACAAAAGUCUCCUUGACAACUUGAGAGGCAAAGUGAUCAUUGAGUACCCAACAUUACAUGUAGUAUUAAAAGAAUACAGUAAUGACAUGAAAGUUCUUCACCAAGUGAAAAGUGAAUCUACUAAGAACAUUGGUGAUGAAAAUUGAGCACUUCUUUUGGAGGAAGAAUGUGACAGUACCCAGAUAGUGGCAGAGGACCUUGUUGGAAGAUUUGGGGGUACUUUCUCUUGGUCAUUGGAAAGUUUUAUUUCUCUGAAAACUGAUUAAACCA